CAAAUGGCAACUACGGUCUACGGUCUACGACUUUUUUUUUCUUCAUUAUUAUUAUUAUUAUAAUAUUAUAUUAUUUUGUCGUGUUCGAACGCCACACAGAGGCGAAUUCCCGUCUUGUCCGGUCCGAGUGUCCGACCGAUUUCGUUUACUCGUUGCCUGCGCGCGCGAUCAUCGGCGAGUCGAACCCGGGAACGGUAUAUUAUAGUGCGUCUCCGCUAGUUACGUUGAAAAUUAAAAAAUAUUUUUUUUUUAAUUCGUAAACAAAUCGGGUACAAAACAAAAUUCCAGAAAUUACAGACCGAAUUCCGAUCGAUUGACGAACGCUGACGUAUCCGUGAUCUACGGGAUUAUCAGCAGACCCAUUUGUCUAUAUAAUAUUAUAUAUAUAUGUAUAACAAUACAUCGGGCAUAACAACAUCAAUGUUUUAGUUGCGUGCGGCGGUACCGUUGUUAUUGUUGUCGGGGCGUGUGUGUGUGUGUGUGUGUGUGUGCGCGCGCGUUCGGCGGUGCGAUGGCGUUUAGAUGAGGGGCCCACUGACGCCGUUUAGUUUGCCGGCAAUGAACAUGGAAGAGGGGUACAACGGCGGCAAGCCAGGCCAACAGCAACAGCAGGCCGGCGGCGGUUAUGGCCAGAAGGGCGACAACGGCGACGGCAGUGGCGUCAACAACAAGGUGAAGUACACAAUGCCCGGCGUGUUGCACUUCAUACAGCACGAGUGGUCCAACUUCGAGCUGGAGCGGUCCCACUGGGAGAUCGACAGGGCAGAGUUGCAGGCAAGAAUUGCAUUUCUUCAGGGUGAAAGAAAAGGUCAAGACAAUCUGAAAAAUGAUUUAAUUCGUCGAAUUCAAAUGUUAGAACACGCGUUACGAGCUGAAAGAGCAAAAUAUCAUAAACUAAAAUAUGGCACAGAAAUUCCACAAUCUGAAAUGCAAUUACCUUCUGCUUCUUCGAGUGCACAAGAUGAAUAUUCUUCUAUACCAGAAGUUGGUGCAGACAGUGAAGCUCCAUUAUCAUCAGUAUCAAAUGUCAGUUGGAAACAAGGCAGACAGCUACUUAGAGAAUAUCUACAUGAAAUUGGGUAUACGGAUACAAUAAUUGAUGUUCGGUCAUCACGUGUUCGGAACCUUUUAGGUCUGAAUAAUAAUAACAAUUUGAGUGGUAUAGAACAAGGGCAAAGCGACAAUAAUCAGAUAAAUGGUAACAACUACAAUAAACGUUUUAGUGAUAAUCAAGGCCAAUGUUCCCCUACCAAGCGAACACAGCAGCAGCAACAACAACAAAACCAAAAAAAAUUACUGGAUGUUGAAUCAGCUGUCAUGGCAAAUUUUGAGUUUUUAUCUGAAAUGCGUAGCACAAGUGAUUCUGGUGAUGUCGAUAUGGAUGAUGAUGGUGUUGAUGAUGAUGAUGAUGAUGAAGAUGAUGAUGAUGACGAAAUGGGGAUGGCGGAUGAUGUCAUUGAUAUGACAUCUAUUUGUAAAUUUGGCCCUGAUGAUGUAGAUGCAGAGGCUGAAGAAGUUGUGAAUGAGCUACAAUUAUUGACAGAAGACAUAAGUAACAAAGAGAAUGAACAAAACGACUGGAAAGUUUCAAACAGAGAUGUGUUUAACAAGAAUUCAAAUAAUGCUAAUUGGAUAAAAAAUGAACCAGUUGAAAUGGUUGAUGGAAAUAUGGAUUUAGCUUUAGGGUUAGGAGAAUUGGCGCAACUCACUGUAAAUAAUGAAUCAGAGACUAAUGCAGAUAUUAUUGAUAUGAAAACUGCGUCAAGAAAAACAUGGAAUGCUAAGUACACUCUACGUAGCCAUUUUGAUGGUGUUCGAGCCUUGGCCUUUCAUCCAACUGAAUCUAUUUUAAUAACUGCUAGUGAAGAUCAUACUAUGAAGCUUUGGAAUUUGCAAAAAACUAUUGCUCCAAAAAAAUCAGCAUCUUUAGAUGUAGAGCCAUUAUAUACAUUUAGAAGCCACACUGGACCAGUAUUUUGUUUAGCGAUCAGUAAAAAUGGUGAACACUGUUACAGUGGUGGUUUGGAUAAUGUAAUCAAAGUGUGGGCAAUGCCAUCAGCUAACAUAGAUCCCUAUGAUUCUUAUGAUAAAAACAUUCUGAUCAAUAACCUAGAAGGUCACGAAGAUGCUGUGUGGGGAAUUUCAGUUCAUCAUAAUCGUUCAGAGUUAUUAUCAUGUUCAGCUGAUGGUUCAGUUAAACUCUGGUCACCAACCAAUCUCAAGACACCAUGUUUGUCGUCUUAUGUUUCUGAUCAAGAUGAAAUUCCUACUUCAGUCGAUUAUGUUAGAGACAUUGAAGGUCAAUUUGUUGCAUCUUAUAAUUCAUCUCAUUGUGUUAUUUAUGAUAUUGAAACCAAGAGUCCUAUAACUCGAUUAGAAUGCUCAAAGGAUCCUACUGAAAUGGCAACUCAGCUAAUUCAUCGGGUUAAAUGCCACCCGACAUUACCUCUAACUAUUACAGCACACGAUGACCAUCAUAUUCGUUUCUUUGAUAACAAUACUGGCAAAAUGGUUCAUUCUAUGGUCGCCCACUUAGAUGCUGUAACUAGCUUGGCAGUUGAUCCUAAUGGCUUAUAUUUAUUAUCUGGAAGUCAUGACUCAUCCAUUAGAAUAUGGAAUUUAGAAAGUAAAACUUGUGUACAAGAAAUCACUGCACAUCGAAAAAAGUUAGAUGAAUCUAUAUUAGAUGUCGCGUUUCAUCCAUCCGAAGCAUAUAUUGCCAGUGCUGGAGCUGACAGCCUAGUCAAAGUAUUUGUAUAGGUACAGUUAAUGUAUAAUAUAAAUUAGUAAGACACUCAGUUAAUUUUAUCUUGGUGUCUUUUGUUUGACCGACUUUUGAUCAAAUCCAUCAUUGUAGUGUUGCAGUAAUCAUGAUUUAUUAAGUUGAAUUAUUACUUUUUCUUUUGAAAUUGUUUUAUUAUAUUCAUUUUUUUUCUAAAACUAAACAUUUAAAAAGUAAAAUUUUUGUGCAUAACUUAUUAAGUUUCUGUGAUUUUAAUUUUUAGUAAAAUUAUAGUUUUUAAGGUUUCUAUGUAUUAUCAUAUUUUAUAUGAUUGAACUCCCAUUAUUAAUAAUCAAUAAUUAUAUAUAUAUUAUAUAUUUUUAAUCCCUUUAUUUUUAUUAUUUCCAUUUAUAUUUUCAAUUAUUUUGUUAAAUGUACAUUUUUAGUGUUGCUGUUAAAAACACUUAAUAUGCUAAUUUUUUUUCUCAGUUCAGUUAUAAUUAUGACCAUAUUCCAUCCUUACCUUGUUAAUGGCUUACAUUGUUAAUCAAAUGUUUUGAAACUACAGAGUUAUUGAAAUUUUUAAUUUGCAAAUAGUUAAGACUUAAAGGUUAGUUAUAUAAUAUUCUAUUCUUUUUCAUUAUACUGUGCAUGUAUAUUUUGAAAAUGAAUAUUUGAAUAUACACAUUAAAUUUUACUCUGGAUAAUUGGGCUCUUAAAAAAUCAAAUGAAAUCUAAAAUUAUAGUCAAUAUUGAAUCUCAAAAUUAGUGCCACCCUAAUUUGGAGAUCAAACAGGGUUCUUAUGUGUGUAUCAAACCGUGUAUUCUUUAUGUUUUAUUUAUUUACUAUUAUUAUUCUUAACAAAACAAAUUGCUUUAUAUCAUUAUGUUUUUAUACUGCAAUUAGAUCAGUGUUGGCUCUAGUCAUUUUUCUGUUAUUUUCUUAGAUUCAAUUCAACAUCAUUUUUUUUAACACAAAAGGGACCUUGAUUUCUAAAAUUGAAAUAUUUCGCAUUUAACUUACAACAAUAAAUUAUCAUUGUAUACUUAAUAAUUAUAUAUUUAAAAAAAAUGUAAUAUUUAUAAUAUGUAAACAAUAUUUAUUUUAAGAUCGAAAAAAAAAGAAUAACUAAGUAGUUCUGACACUCUUAUAUUAAAAUUAAAAUUUUAGAAUAAUUUAUGUUUUAAGUCUAGUCUGACAAUAUCAUUAAAAAAUAAAUAAAUAUAUAGACCACAUUACCACAAUAUUUAUAUUUAUUAUCUAAAUCAAGUAUAAUAUGUAUGUGCCUGUUUCAUAGUGAAACUCAAAUGUGUUCCAGAGUGGUUGAUAUAAAUGUGUUGUAUAUUCACGUGAGAUACUUUCAAUGUAAGGAUGGUAUUGUAGUUCUGGCUUAAUUUACACCAAAACUAAAAAAAAAUUAUAAAUAUUUUACCUAUUUAUUGUAUUGGGAAAUGUUCUGCCAUUUUUGUUUUUACAAAUAAAAUAUUUUAUAUUUUUCUUAGUACAAUAAAUAUAUGCAAAAUGAAACAGACACAUUAUUAUUUAAAAUAUUUAUCGAAUAUGAUAUCAUAAGAGUUAUAGCAUUAUUAUACUACCCAAGUGUGUUGACCUUAAGUGAUUACUGUAGACAAGUGUGUGAUCAACUACACUACUAUAAAAAAAAGUAGAAUACUAUAUUAUAUAUUUAUAAAUAUAUAAAAAAGAUAAACAUAAUGUACCUAUACUAUAACUUGUUGUAUAAUAUUAUAUACUGUUGUAAAAAUAUAUAAUUAUUAUCAUAACUAAU